AUGCAGACAAACCAAAUGAAAAAAUACUCCUUAAAUGAGGAUGUUAUUAAUUACUAUAUGAAACUAGCAAUAGAAUAAAGCAAGAUAGCAACUGAUAAACUAGAAGUAGCUGUUGGUUGCGUUAUGGUUAAAUUUACAAAUAAUAAUUAAGAUCAUGAAAUAGUAGCAUAAUCUCACAACAAAACUAAUCAGUAUGGAAAUGCAACUCUACAUUGUGAAAUUAAUUGCAUAAAUGAGAUAUUAGAUAAAUAUGGUUAAAAUUAUGAUGAGUAAUAAAUAUUUAAGCAAAUAACGCUUUUUGUAACAUGUGAACCAUGUAUCAUGUGUGCUUAUUCUUUAUCUUUGAUGGGUAUAAAAGAGGUUUAUUUUGGAUGCUAUAAUGAAAAAUUUGGAGGAAACGGAACAAUAUUAGAUUUGAAUACGGCCAAUUAUGGAGCCAAUACAUAUCCAUCAUAUGGAGGAUUUUUAGAGGAAGAAUGUAAGUAAGUUUUAAAAUAAUUCUAUGAGAAAGGAAACCUAAACUUAGACGAAGAUAAAAGACAUAGAAGAAAAAAAAAAGAAGAUAAAGAUGAAUCAGUUUCAAGCUGA